GAUGGUCCUAUGCGCCUCACGCCAGAACUGGGGUCAAAGAAUACUCCAUCUGCCCCUGGCUACCUUGCUGGCUCCAAAGCAUUAGAUUCGUUAGCCCAGUUUAUAACUUCCAAAGAGCUCCUCUUUCAUCCGUCCCAAAACUCGGCCAUCACCCGUCAGCUCACUGCAUUGACGGAAUCACUCUCUCGACGCUUUGUCUACCGAUGGACAGAAGAAGCUUCCGACACUUGCAAAACGCCACAGAGCAAACGCUUGACCAAAGAGAUGAAGAAGGCAUUCGUCGAGCUUCUUUGUACCCCAGUACUAAUGUCCAUCUUUUCUAAAGAUGGAGACACCGCAGCUCGAUCAAGAGCCACUUUGCGCAGCUUGGCCUAUCUCGAGCCGGGUGUGAUCAUGCCGCCAUUCCUGGAACGAGCAUAUAAUGGACUAGAAGCCAUCAACGAGACGCAUAGGACGACGGCAGUUUUGCAUGCCAUGGCUGAAGUAGCUUUACCUCUUGUGUCAGAGGAUGUCUGGUUCGGGGGACAAAAGCAUAUACUUCCCUUGUUAGAAUUAUGUCUCCCUGGAAUCGACCUGAACGAUCCGGUCAAGACCGUCGCCACAGCAUCUUUUCUCACCAAUAUCCUAAUGACAGUGCCCAUCGUUAACCUGGUGGGAAAAGACGAAAUCAUUGACGUGCCAAUGUCACCUUUAUUGGAUCGGGAUGGAGAGUUGGCCGUCGGCGCAAGCGAAGACCGAGAAGCUGAAAGGACGAUGGUGGUGGAAACAUUGGUAGACUGGGUGAUGGCAUUCUUCGAUAGGUGUCUCACCUUAUAUGAAGCUCUUCCUGAAGAAGGUGGCCGCUCAAAACGUACCGGAGGCAAGCAGGAAGAAGCGAUGCUCA